AUGAAGUUUUUACUUUCAAUAGCGUUGCCUAUCGGGGCUUGGGCAGGACCUUGCUCCCCCAAUCCCUGCAACAACGAUGGAACCUGCCAGCUCAAUGGAAAAUCCUAUACUUGCCACUGCCUAGAAGAUUUCGUCGGUGUCCAGUGCGAGUUCCCGAACCCAUGCGUUGAAGAAUCCUGCUCUGGGCAUGGCGAGUGCCGCGUCACGAUGUCAGAGUCGAAUCCCAUCAAAGCCAAAGAACCUAAAGCUCAUUGUGAGUGCAAGGUCGGCUGGGGUGGCGAUUCCUGCCAGCUGGAACUUGGCUGCGGAGCCUCGCCUCGCGAAGACCCGUGUGGAGAAAAUGGAAGGUGCACCACUGACGCGCUGGAACACUACGCUUGCCAGUGCGAGCACGGAUUCGAAGGCGAUCGCUGCGAACGAGUGGACUACUGUGCAUCGUCUCCCUGCUCUCCCGGCGAAAUCUGCUCGAAUGGACCUUCCUCCGCCGUCUGCCGCGCCAACAACUCCUGCGACUUGACUCCGUGCAAGAACGGCGGACGAUGUUCUCCCGCUGGCGAUGGUGGCUACACUUGCAUGUGCCCAUCUGGCUGGACUGGUCAGAAUUGCGAGCGCGCUACCUCCGAACCCUGCGACUCUAGCAAGUGCAUCAACGGCUCCUGCAAGAAACGAGCGGAUGGAAAGUCGAUCUGCGAGUGCAACAUUGGAUUUGAAGGACCGCACUGCGAGGAAAACGUAGACGACUGCGCAAACCACCAGUGCUACAACGGCGCAACCUGCCAGGACAUGACGGGCGGAUAUGCUUGUAUUUGCACGGCCGGUUGGACUGGCAAACACUGCGAACUGGAUGUGGACGAGUGCUCGACGACCAUGGGCAGCCGGUGUAAAAACGGCGCGACCUGUGUCAACACCCUGGGAAGCUACGACUGCUUCUGCAUCAACGGCUUCAGCGGCUCCAACUGCGAGAUAAACGACGACGAUUGCCGCGUCAAUGAUUGCGCCGAGGGCAGCACCUGUGUUGACAAACUCGGGAAAUACACUUGCCUUUGUCCACCUGGAAAGAUGGGCCCUCGAUGCGAUUUGAUCAACGAGUGCUACGACUACGGUCCUGGCUUCGUGAACCCUUGUGGAAACGGCUUCUGUGACCCGUCCGAAGAUGGCUUUGCCGUGUGCACUUGCCACAACGGCUGGGAAGGAGAGACCUGCGAAGAAGACAUCGACGAAUGCCUGGACAGUCCUUGUAGUACAUUCGGCACUUGCGUCAACCAUCCCGGCAGCUGGGAAUGCAAGUGCGAUCGAGGAUACACGGGCAAGCUAUGUGAGGAUACAGUCGACCUCUGCGAAAAGGAAAAGCCUUGUUUCAACGGAGGAACUUGCAUAAUGGAUCCCAAAUUUGCCAAGGGCUACUACUGUUCCUGCCCUCCAAGUCACGAAGGAGAAGACUGUAUGCGGCGAAAGAUGCACUGCGAGAAGAACUCUUGCCUCAACGGUGGCCGCUGUCGCGAACGAUACGACGGCUUCGAAUGUAUCUGCGAGAAAGGCUACGAAGGCAAUAACUGUGAGAGACGGAAAGACUACUGCGCGCACGCUGACUAUCCCUGCAACAAUGGAAAAUGCCACAACGAGAUAGAUGACUAUCGCUGCGAGUGUUCCGAAGGCUGGACAGGUCGAAACUGCACCAAAAACGUAAACGAAUGUGCGCCUAACCCGUGUAAAAAUGGAAUCUGCACGGACUACGUGAACGACUUCAGCUGCGAGUGCGAAGAUGGAUGGGAAGGAAAACUUUGCGACAAGCCUAUCAACCCGUGUUUGAACGAUCCUUGCUACAACGGCGAAUGCAAAGUCCCAGCGCCGGGUAAAUUCGAAUGCAUCUGUCCGAAAGGAACUGGCGGUGAAUACUGCAAAGACAACGUCAACGAAUGUCUUGGUGUCACGUGCGAGCACGGAGGCAUCGCGAUAGAUAGCGUUGGAAAGUGCGUCUGCGAGUGCAAGCCUGGAUUCGACGGUCAAUUCUGUCAAAAUAACAUUGACGACUGCGAGUCCAAUCCCUGCCUGAACAAGGGCGAAUGUGUGGACCUCAUCAACGAGUACAAGUGCAUCUGUCCAAAAGGAACUUGGGGCGAUCGUUGUUACUCGGAGACAGCUGCCUGCUCCCCGAAUCCUUGCUUCAACUACGGAAAAUGCAUCGAGAAUGGUGGUAAAUACGCGUGCGAUUGCCCGGCUGGCUGGAGUGGAGUCAAUUGCGAAAUAGAUGUCUGUGCGGAUAACGGCUACUGCCAGAACAAUGGUGUCUCCGUCCCCGUUGGCGAUCACUUCGGCAGUGGAACAGACAAGUGUAGGUGCAAGUGCCCGCCGAAUUUCGAAGGCAAGCAAUGCGAAAUUUCGACAGUCUGCAAGGCGCGCAAUCCGUGCAAGCAUGGAACUUGCCGCUCGCAAGACGGAGACACUGUCGAGUGUGUUUGUGACCCGGGCUACACUGGUAAAUAUUGUAACACGAGGCUCGACGAAUGCUCGGAGGUCGACAAUUUAUGCCGAAAUGGAGGAAUCUGUAGACACGAUUACGACAAUAAAGCCAUUUGCGACUGCCCAUCCGGGUGGACUGGCCGAUUCUGUGAUAUCGACGUUGACGAGUGCAAAGAAAAUAGAGGAAUUUGCAAGAACAACGGCUCCUGUGAGAAUACUAAAGGAGGUUAUUACUGCAAAUGCGAUGGCUUCAAGGGAAAGCACUGCGAGCACGAUAUUGACGACUGUGCCCAUUCGCCAUGCAAGAAUGGAGGAAGUUGCAUCAACAAUACUUCGGGAAGAGGAUUCACUUGCGACUGCAAAGAUGGCUUCUCGGGCGUCCGAUGCGAAGAAGAAAUCAACGAGUGCGAAGGAAAUCCCUGUCUCAAUGGCGGCCAGUGCGAAGAUAUGGUCAAUUCUUAUCAAUGCAAGUGUCCUGCCGGCUUCAGAGGAGUGCGAUGUGAAAUCGUAAUGAGCGUAUGUGAUCCAAAUCCAUGCGCGAACAACGGGACUUGCGAUGAAUAUCUUGUAGACGAAGAGUUGAAGUUCCGCUGCGAGUGUCCACGAGGCUUCAGUGGGGAGUUUUGCGAGACAAACAUCGAUGAUUGCAAAGCAGAUUCCUGUUUGAACAAGGGAAUCUGCAAGGACAAAGUGGAAGGCUUCGAGUGCGAAUGUAAUCCAGCAUUUUUCGGCGCUCGCUGUGAGAAUCUCACCCAGCUGUGUCAAAAGAAACGUGGCCUCUGUCAAAAUGGCGGCACUUGCAUCGACGACGGCUCACAGGAUGCUGGCUAUCGCUGUAUAUGCCCGAAGUCGCAUGGCGGUUUGCACUGUGACGUCCCCCGUGAUACUUGUGAAGCUGCAGCAGUGUCGCUCAAGAUUUCCGAAUCUCAAGUGUGCAAGAACUCUGGUAAAUGUCAAAACGAACGACACGGACAUAGUUGCGCCUGCCAGAAAGGAUUCACGGGUGAUCAUUGCGAAACAGAAGUGAACCUCUGCAAAAACCAUGUUUGCCAUAAUGGAGGCGAAUGUUUUGUCCAAGAGAAAUCAACCUUCGUCUCAUACGCUACUUGCAGAUGUCCGAAAGCUUAUGCAGGUCAUCACUGUGAACGAUUCAUUGGAGACGAUCUUUGUAAUAAAGCUCACGCUUGCCAAAAUGGCGGUACUUGUGUGGUCGAUAAUUACAACUUCGAGAGAGGAUACUUCUGCAUUUGUCCUAAGGGUAUCUCUGGCAACAACUGUGAAAUCAACGAGGACGACUGUAUCAAGCCAACGUCUGAUGAUAAAGAACCUUGCAUGGGCCAUGGAAAGUGUACCGACGGACUCGUUCCCGUCAACGGGCAGUACGGCUACUUCAACUGCCAAUGUGAAGCCGGCUACACUGGCUCUCGCUGCGAGGCGACUGAAAAUUUCUGCUAUGAAAACACUUGCGAUGAUGUCGGAACAGCGAAUUGCGAGCCCAUCCUCAACGAUUUCAUCUGUGAGUGCAAGCAUGGAUACCACGGACGUUAUUGCCAGGAUUACACUCCUCCAGAAAAGAGCCCAUGCGACGAAGAAGAUCCCUGCAUGAAUGAUUCCGUUUGUAGCUUAGCUCUCUAUACGAAUACCGGCUUUAAGUGCCAUUGCGUUGAGCCUAAUACGUAUGGUGAACGAUGCGAGGAAAAGACCCUGGAAUGUGGCGCUCGAUACUGCUACAAUGCUGAUGCCUGUGUAACGACUCCAAGUGGCCAAGAAACUUGUGAGUGCCGUGACGGAUAUAGUGGUCCUACUUGUGCUGUUAGAGUCUCAGAGUCAACUUGUUUGAUGCCCGACUCAGAAAAUUGCCAGCCUAAGUGCAAUGUCAAAGAAUGCGACUAUUGCAACGGCCAAUGCUCUCUAGGUCAGAAAGAUCCAUGGGACACGUGCGAUGUUGCCAGCUGCCGUAAUCUCUUCAACAACGGCCGCUGUGACAAAGAAUGUAACACUGAAAAGUGCAUGUUCGAUGGAAGAGAUUGUGAGCAGGAUACUUCUAGAGAAGGCUGCGAAUUUGAAUCUUUCUGCGCGACGAAAUACAACGACGGUGAGUGCAAUGAAGCUUGCAACACUGCUGCUUGUGGAUGGGACGGUCUCGACUGCAACUUAGGUGAUCCCGAGGAUCUCGUCAGCGGCCAGAUAACCAUUUCUAUUGAUAUGCGGGAGGAUUCAGUCAGCGGUGAUGAUUUUUGGAAAAAAGUAGAGCGUCAAAUCUCUAUCUCGAUGAAAUCGAACGUCUUCAUUACCAGCAUGGAAAAAAUUGACCGUUAUGGUUCGUCUACUCGUCAUAGAAGAGUUGCAGAGCCAGGAACAUCGAAGGUUAACUUCAAGAUUGACAAUCGCGGUUGCUCUCGAAUUGAUAACUACCAAUGCUAUCAAGAUGCAAGCUACGUUGUUCGUGACAUGAGCGCUCAACGCGUAAGUGGCGGUUUGGCGUAUCCAGACUUUGGAAUGCACGAUAUUGGUUAUGUUUCCACCUCUUCUCGGCCGGAAUAUCAUAUCCCAAUGGUUAUGACGAUUGGAUCCCUACUCUUGAUCACCACCGUUGUCGGCGUCCUUGUAAAUCGAAAGCGAAAGCGAGGUUUCCUUUGGGAAGGACUUGGACCGAUUCCGAACCCACCGUCAAAGAGAUCUAAAAAUGCUCAAGGACAACUUGGUCAGCCAUGCUAUUACGAUAAGGGUAAACGUCAUGACAAGGGAAGCUUUAUGUAUGGACAGUCACCACCUUACAUGAACGGCGGAAACAUCUACAAUCCAAAAGGUAGCAACGUAGACUGGACCCAGCAUGGUUAUCCAAUAACCAGUGAAGAGGCAAAUCCAAUGAUCCCUUACCAGGAACCGAACAGUAUUCUCGCGCAGAAAGGCCCUGAUGGACGUGAUGUUUUGCAUAUCAUGAGUAUUCAAUCGGAUCAUACGUAUACGGAUGAAGAGAUGCAGCAACUGCUCAAAUCGGGACUUUCUCCUAACAAUCAAACCACGCGAUAUGAAGAGACUCCGCUUCAUCUUGCAGCUCGGAAUGGAAAUUCGUCUUUUGCUCAACAACUUUUACGCAACGGAGCAGAUCCAUCAAUCAAGGAUAACAAUGGCAGAACUCCACUUCACGUGGCUAUCUCAUCAGACGCCAAGGGUGUUUUCUAUGUCCUUAUCCAGAAUCCUCACUUGAGAGUCAAUUUUGACGAGAAAGAUGAGUCAGGCAGUACACCGUUGAUUACAGCUGCAAAGCUUGCAAUCGAGUGGGGAAUUCAAGAGCUCAUCCAGCAAAAUGUUGACGUCAAUGUCGUGGAUAAUACUGGCAAGUCUGCCCUCCACUGGGCGGCAGAAGUCAACAACUCAGCCGCUUGCGAGCAGCUCCUCAAACAUGGUGCUAAUAAGGACUUGCAGACGGAACGAGAAGAAACUCCUCUCUUCCUUGCUUCCAGAGAGGGAGCGCGAGAAUGCGUUGAAGUGCUACUGGGACACAUGGCAGCGAAAGAUACCGCGGACAUCGCUGGUCGAAAACCCGAAGAUAUCGCUGCCCAACGAGGACACGAGGAUGUCGUCCGAAUCCUAAAGAGUGCGGUCAACUCACACUUAUUUGACUACAACUCUUGUCAAAAGAAUGCAACAUUCUUCAACUCACAGAAAAAGUCCAUUCCAAGCAAGAAGCGGUCGCGUCCAGACAACAAAAAUUCAAAGAACGCUAAGCGAUCUAAGCCACAAGGCGGAGCCAGGCCAGCACAUCCAUAUGCUCGGUCUAUGACGAAUAUUCCGAGUGCGUAUGGAGCUGGAUCAAGCCCGUUGACACCUCCGAACGACCGCAACUUCCCAUAUCAGACAUUGCACCCUCAGUCCCGACUUCAACAAGCCCAGGGCUUACACGGAGGGCCAUUCGCUCCCGCACACAUGACACAUUAUCUGGAGAUGAACCAGACAAUGCCGUGUGCGCCUUACGGUGCGCACAACAAAUCAUACGAUGCUUGGACAACCCAAGUUCACAUGGCCCAGUACACGAGCUUCCACGCAUCAGCACAUCCACUAUACAGUCGUUCAUUCCAAUCACCGCCGAUGAACCAAAUCCAGCAAACUUCUCUAAUGGCUGAAACUGCUGUGCAGGGCAGCCCAGACUACAACUCACCUCCUGCCGACAAUGAAAAUAUUCCGGAAUCUCUAUUGACGCCGUCGCCCGUGUCGAAUCCCUGGUCGACCCCACCGACAGAUAGCACUCCGCGAGGACGAGGCGAUGCAAACAUGGGCUCGCUGACGCCGAAUAACAACACCAAAACGCAGACAACGUGGCAGAGUCCAGUCGAGUACAGUCCAGGACUCAACCAUCCCAAGCAAGCUGCAGUUGCGCAGUUCUAG